AUGGCGGACAGCGUGUACGUAAACAAGGGUGUCAGCUUGCCAUCAUUGAAGGCUCCCCUGGUCAGGCAAGGUCACACUCGGAACCAAGCAGGCCCUUUGUCUCCUCUGGUCUCGAACUCUAACCCUCAGGAUGAUGUUAAUGUGAUUAUUCCCCAUUUAGAUAUGAGGUCCCUCUGCGACAAGAAAAGCCAACAAACGAGCGCGACGGGCGUUGGCGUUGGCGUUGGCGUUGGCGUCGGCGUCGGCGUCGGCGUCGGCGUUGGCGUUGGCGUUGGCGUCGGCGUUGGCGUUGGCGUCGGCGUUAGUGUCACGCUGCCGGAUGCUACUGCUACCGAGAGAGCGCAAAAUGUAUCUGUGGGAUGCUACUGCACCCAAGCUGGCCACGGAGCUCUAGGAUGGACGUUGGAUCAGUUGGAGUUUGGCUAG